AUCGUUUUUAUUUUUCUCUUUUACCUCUUCCCGUUCCUUCUAUACCUCAUUCACUCAUUCAUUUUUAAAUUUUUGUGUUAUAUCUGUUAUAUGGCCCUGUACACCACUAGAACAUUGUAGACAACCAGGCAACAAAUAACUCAGUAUGAUGUCCGUAGAACCAAUUCCUCAAAGGUCGCACUCACAAUCCCAAUAUUCGCCACGAUAUUCCAACAAACCAGCUGGCAAUAAGCAACAUACAACACAGACCAUGAACCAACGUAGCGGCCGACGACACAGCACUAUAUCGGUGUCGUCCACUCGAUCAGCGUCUCGGGAACGACCCAAGAAAUAUGUUGGAGACUAUUACCUUGGCAGAACCCUCGGCAAAGGCGCAUCAGGUGAAUGUUUGGUCAGGAGAAAGAACUACACCCUAAGCAACCCACUAACCCGUCGAAUGGGCUAGGUCGAGUUAAACUGGGUAUUCACCGUGUCACUGGAGAACAAGUGGCGGUGAAGAUAAUCAAUAAGGCGUAUUUGUCGGCUAACCCUGCCAUUGACAAAGCUGUCAAACGCGAGAUUGCCAUUAUGAAGCUCAUUCAUCAUCCAAGUAUCAUGGGCUUACAUGAUGUCAUUGAAGAUGAUGAAUCGCCAGAACUAUAUCUGAUUUUGGAGUAUAUGGAAGGAGGAGAGCUUUUUGAGUACUUGGUGAGCGAAGGUAGACUGCCUGAAAGCAAGGCCAGAAGUUAUUUCCAGCAGAUUAUCUAUGGUGUUGACUAUUGUCAUCGACACUUGAUUUGCCAUCGAGACCUUAAACCAGAGAAUCUUUUACUGGAUAGGAAUUUGGAUAUCAAAAUUGCAGACUUUGGCAUGGCUUCGCUGCAACCCAUCGGUUCUCUUCUGGAAACCAGUUGUGGGUCUCCCCACUAUGCCAGCCCCGAGAUCGUCACGGGUCGCCCAUAUGACGGUUCAUCAUCAGAUAUCUGGUCAUGUGGAAUCAUUUUGUAUGCUCUCUUGACCGGCCAUCUCCCCUUUGAUGAUGAAAACAUUCGUCUAUUACUGAAAAAGGUCAAAACCGGUCGGUAUGUUAUGCCUCACGAUAUAUCGUAUGAGGCUCAAGAUUUGAUUCGGAAAAUUCUAGUCACCGAUCCAAGUAAGCGCAUUACGACGGAGGAAAUCAAACGCCAUCCUUGGUUCGCGCAAGAUAUUUCACCAAAGAUCGCACAACUUCCAGAGCCACCCAGUGCUCAAGAAAUAGAUCAACCCAUCGCCGAUAUUACUCAGGUUGAUGAUCGCAUUGUUGAGACCAUCAAAUUCCUGUGGGGCGAGACGAAAACCGAAGCGGUGAUGGAUGCUUUGAUGUCAAAAGAGCACAAUAUGCAGAAGGUCACUUAUGUUCUUCUUCGACGGCAUGCGGAGAAAUAUUGGGAGUCCAGGCAUGAUGAAGAUGAGGAUGCCGCGUAUCAAGAUACCCAAAGCAGAAGAUAUAGUACAAUGAGCAGCCUUAGUCGCCGCAGAAUGUCUAUGCAUGCAGAAUUUACUUCAACCGCCGAUACCCCGCCUGGAUUUGCUCCAGAAACAAGGAGAAGAAGCUCUCCUUCCACCUAUCGACGCUCAUCUCUUACACCCGGUGAUCCUAGACAGCAUUCUGCCAUUCACCCCACCGAUUUACCACCGUCUCCUAUGCCGUCUCCACGGAUACGAUCCAAGUCGAGUACAUCUCGUGGUGAUCUUGGAUACAAUCGAAUGGAUUCUGAUAUAAGCGGUAGUACUCGUCGUAACUCAGCCAAAGAUGGGUAGGUGUAUUGUUCUGUCGUCCAUAAAAUAGGCUAGAUAAAACUAACGGUCAUGGUGAGCGGCUUACAGUUCUCGAAGAUUCGAUACAAAG